UUUUCAAUGUAACUAAAAAAAUCCAUAGUUGUUGGCUAUAUUUGUAGUCAGCUAACAUCUGUGUGUCGGGUCCUCAGCCUCUGGUGUCAUUGGUGAAUGACCGAAGAUGUCUCAUAGCAGGUUGUUUGCCAGGCUGCUUUUGCAGCAGAAUGGAGUCAGGCACUGUUAUACAGCUUCAAGACAGCACCUCUACAUCAACAAGAACACUAAGGUCAUCUGCCAAGGUUUCACAGGGAAGCAGGGAACGUUUCACAGUCAGCAGUCUCUCGACUAUGGAUCCCAGUUAGUUGGAGGUGUUUCCCCUGGCAAGGGUGGUAAGACGCACCUCGGCCUGCCAGUCUUCAAUUCCGUCAAGGAGGCAAAGGAGGGCACAGGGGCAGAUGCCACUGUGAUUUAUGUACCACCUCCGUUCGCGGCAGCGGCCGUCAUUGAGGCCAUUGACGCCGAGAUACCCUUGGUGGUGUGCAUCACCGAGGGCAUCCCCCAGCAGGACAUGGUGAGAGUGAAACAUAAACUCCUCCGCCAGAACAUCACGCGCCUCAUAGGCCCCAACUGCCCAGGAGUCAUCAACCCUGGGGAGUGCAAGAUUGGGAUCAUGCCAGGCCACAUUCACAAGAAAGGAAGAAUUGGCAUCGUGUCCAGAUCGGGGACCCUGACAUACGAAGCUGUGCACCAAACUACACAAGUCGGCCUGGGCCAGUCACUCUGCAUUGGUAUUGGCGGGGAUCCUUUCAACGGUACAAACUUCAUAGAUUGUCUGGAGGUGUUCCUGCAGGAUCCCAAGACGGAGGGCAUCAUCCUUAUUGGAGAAAUCGGAGGCAAUGCUGAGGAGAAUGCAGCGGAGUACCUUAAACAGCACAAUUCUGGUGCUAAUUCGAAGCCCGUGGUGUCCUUCAUCGCGGGGCUAACUGCCCCUCCCGGCCGUAGGAUGGGCCACGCUGGCGCCAUCAUUGCUGGUGGAAAGGGGGGAGCCAAAGAGAAGAUUGCGGCCCUCCAGUCAGCUGGAGUUGUUGUCAGCAUGUCCCCUGCCCAGCUGGGUAGCACUAUUUUCAAGGAGUUUGAGAAGAGGAAGAUGUUGUAAAUUGUGUGAGAAGACAUCCGACCUUUUACCUGCUGUCCUGAAAUUGAGACGAACAGCUGCCUGAUUCUGGAGUUGGAUAUGGCCGACAGCAUCUGUACAACCUGAUUAUUUCAACUACAAAGCGCACAUGCAGUGUUUAUAUUGUAAUUUCUGCCAUGAACUUGUACCUUGCACAUAACGAAAGAAUAAAACAUAGUGUCCUACCGGUAUCUUAAACAACUCAUUGUGAACACUGUAAAAGCUUUAUAGAUGUUUUCCUUCCUUCACAAAAUGUAGACAGCCUGAGGAAGAUGCCAUGGUAACCUUGGUGAUCUGUUUCGUUCUGUUAUACUCUUGCUGUAUUCCAUCACUCAUCUCACUGGCUGUCCACCUGAAUAAGAAAUAUUUCUCAUAUCA